AUGAACAAGAACACUGUAGACGACAAUAUGCUGUACAACGGCUGGCCCCCGCUGGGCGCCUCCAACAAGCUGGAAAACGAGACAAUGCGAACCCUAGGAGCGGAGCUGACAACCGCUCAGAAGAACGAAGCCGUAUGCAAGCAAAUGGUCCUAGAUAUCGCGAAGACGAACGAGGAGUUCGCGGUCACUCUUCGUAAUUGGUCAUACCACACGGCCGCGACCCUACGACAGGACUCCCCGGCGAUGGACGACCUUGAUAGGUGGACGGCCACCUACCUCGCCCAUAGAAACAAUGACGUCGAAGACUACAUCCGCGCGAUUGACGGCGAUAUGGCCGAUGAGGUCGUACAGAGGAGAGUGGCGCAUAUCUAA